GCUCUCCGCCGGCAUCAGGCCCCACCUGGACAAGCUCACCCUGGGGGUGACGCGGAUCCUGGAAACUUCACCAGGUGUUUGUGACGUGACAUUAGUGGAAAAAGAGCCAGCUGAUCGCCAUGCAAUUAUUUCAUGGGAGCAACUGUUGUUCAGGUGUUGGAAUAACUGGGCUGGAAAAUCAGAAGCAUCCUGGCUGUGAACCAACUCAGAACCAGGAGAAGCACAGUGGCAUUCACUCCUCCUUUUUCUGUGGAGUGGAGAUGACUGUCCCUGCAGACCAUGUUGUUCUCAUUUUCAGGUGUUCUUACCCUCAAAAUCCAAGCAGGUUUGUUCUAAAUUUGAACUAUUCUUGUAAGACCAAACUUUGAAAUGCUUCAGCCACCACACUUCGUUUCAAAGUUGUCAAAGCAAAACUUCAGCUUUUUUCUCCCUAAUGAAAAACUAGGUUAAUUGUGGAAGUAAAUGAUGAAGAUUAAGUAGACAGAGUUGGACUGGACUACUAAUGGUGAAGGAUUUCACUGUUGUUGUUUUCUUUUUGUUUCCAGUUGCAUUAAUAGAAUUCAAAUCUCCUUUCCUCAAUUAAAAGACAAGUGUAUUUCUUCCAGUAUUUCCUGAGCUUGGCGAUGAAGCCUGAUGUCUAACACAGUCCACACAACUGCAGUAUGUCCUGCAGUGACAAUUGUUCAACAUCUUACAAGGCUUUUCAAGGAUGAACUUUUCUCCAAGCUCGUCUUACUUGACUCUGUGAAUGCAAGCUUAUAGAUAAUGUUUACUUUCAUCGCUGCUUUUUCAUAGCCACUAGGUGGCAACAGUUGUGCAUAUAAUGCCUUACUACAUAGCUGAGAUUUUAACAGUUGUCACAGCCUGUAUUUUUAACUACCCUCUACUUACUUGGUAGGAAAAUAUUUGGAGGACACUUUGUGCAAUGCAGGGAAACUUGGUCAAGCUAUUCCCAAAGUUGUACUCUUUUCCCCAAAAGAAUCCUCUCUCUUUAUGGAGACUCACCAAGUAAAAGCUCUAUUUUUAAGACUUUUUUUUUCUCUUAAGUUUUUCUAGAAGCAUUUAUUUCCAUUCUCAUUUCAGCUUUGCCAAGGAAAGGUAUUUCUGCCAAGAGGGAAUCCAUAGUAUAAAGAAAUUCUUAUAAUUAAAUAAUCCUGGUUUUCUUAUGAAUGAUUAAAUUUGUAUUUUAACAAUGUUGGCAACAUGCAUUGCAUUGCUUGUCUCAGCCAGCUCUGUUUGUUAAAAUGAGUUGUGCUUGGUUUGUGCUAGUAUUUAACUGGCUAUAACAGUGGAAUUCUUAAAAUCUUAUCACAGCCAGUAAGUGCCAUGAGUUCUACAGGGGAAGGCAAGAAUUAUGGCAGGUUACAAUGCAGUAAAACAGCAGGAGAGCAGAAGAGAUUUUUCCAAGGCUUUUUGUAGACACAGGUUGGAAAAGUGCAUCUGAAAUCAAUCCUGGGUGUUUUUUUACAAAUCUACACACUCACAAAAAUAUUUGAGAUAUGUGUUCGUCAAGUAUUUACAUGGGUAACAUCACUUCCCCUGCAACUUACAGCAUUUCAAAAUAUUUUAAUGAAAGCAGGUCGUUUUUGUCAUGUUUCCUAGUAUUUCAGAGCUGCCAAGAUGUUAUCUUUUCCCAAAGAAAGUGAGACAAGCAGGGAGAGUAGAGACAGUUUUCAGGCCACUGGAAUGCCACUGCUAAUAACUGUGUAUCUUGCUAUGAAUCAGUUGCCACUCCUAAAAUUAGAUGGCAACUGCCUGCUCUCCCCUAUGUGCCGUUUGUAAAAGCAACCAUUAUACUAAAUCAUAGCUAGGAAACACUCUGCUUUCUGCAGUGACACAGUCUGAUCUAAAUUUUCUUUUUGCUUCAACCAGAUUAGAAGUAAGUCACUCGGCUCAUUGUUUUACUUUUCAAAAAUAUAAAUUUAUAUCUGUUCGGGGGAGAUGAGAGUCCCAGAGGUUGUCACCUGAGCAAGCGAUACAAAAUGAAAGGGGUCAUUUUGCCUGUCCUUAUAAUUCAGAUGUUUACAGUGCCCAAGCUGCCCUCAACUUGCUCUGAGUAAUCCCUGCCUAGUAAACUGUUGGAGCAUUGAUAUUCUAUAACUCUGCUUGAUAAAUUUUUAGUUUCUCCUCAUGCACUUCAUUGACAAAGAAAAUAGGCCUCCAGUGGUCUGGGACUUUCUGUUGUGGGCUGUCUUAGGCUGCCAGACAAUUCAGAAACUUCAAAUAAGUCUCACUGUGAACUGAAGUGGUUGUUCCUGGCACUUGAAAAGUCUUCCUCAGCAUGUCUACCAUAUCUCAUUUUCUCUCAAAGAUCUGUAUGUGGGUGCAAACAUCCACAAGGGUCUUUCUUUCCAUCUUUUUGCAAUGCUCUCCAAGAGCAUUAGGUGGGCCUGCAGUCUGUGACACCCAGGAACACAGAAUCUGCCAGCCUUGAAUCUGCCUUAUAAUCCUGCAGGUAAGAGAACUGGGAAAGUGAACCCAGCAGAAAUGUUGCACGAGACAGGUGUAUUUCCUCAAGCUGCCUAAUGGGAAACAGUCUGGAAACCUUUGGAAGGCAGCUGAUGACUCUGACACAGCAUUCUCAUCUUGUGGAGCCUUAUAAUAUUCUGAUAUAAAGUACUGGCUACACGACACCAUCUUCAAGAACAAUGCCAAAUCAUGUUCCUUGCAGCAAAGAUUCAGGCUAGUUCCAGCCCUGUGCCUUUCCUAAGUGGAAGGGGCAGGAAAUCCAAGGAGGGUGGUCCUGGGAGCCCCACCUGGAUCAGAUUUACAAAAGGUGAACAAGAAUGUCUCAGUAUGUUACAAAUACUCUUCUGUAUACCCUGACAGCUAGGGUAGGCCAGUCAUGAAUCUGCCUGAUAACAGGGAGAGAGAACAGUGGCUGCUCAUGUGCUGUGUCUUUUGGAAGCCUUGUGAAGCUGCAUAAGUCCCUUUCUUCUCUCCCUAGAAGUAGGAUAAUAUUUGUACAGAUUUUUGGAGAAGCCAGUCUAGAGCAAUAUGCCUUGAUUGAUGUCCAUUUAUUUUAGGAUAUUUGCCUAGAAGGCAUUGUUUCAGUAGUGCUUUAAGUGAAUUGAUGUAUGUCAGUGUUCUAGCUCUGGAUCCAGUGUUGAUCAGUUCUUGGAAGUAAAGCCUCCUUCCCUGUUUGUAAUAUUGUCUGUCACCAGUGGACUGUGCUUUCUUGGGAGACUAUUUGAGGAUAUUGUGGACAAUAACCAAAAGAUAGAGACCUCACACAUCAUAUUGAGCAUUUGGGAUAUUCUGCUUUAUGAGUGGAUGAGUUAACCAGAUGACUGGGAUGAAAACAGCUCUCACCAGGGCUGUAGUUAAGCCAUUUCUGGCAAGUUAUUAGGAAUAUUAUAUUUUACAGGGUUGGAGAUCACAAUCCUGGAAACUCCAGUUAUCUGAAGGAGUACAGCUUCUUGAGAUAAAGCCAUUUUUUUACAUGUAGUAGUGGAUUGUUUAUCUGACUCUACUGUCAGAAGAUCACUGUUUUGAAGUCAUGUGGCCAAGCACAUAUGAUGUAUUGGUCAGAUCUCUCUGUCAGAUGGAAGAGAUAGGUAUUAAUAAAGCUUAUUUGGAUUUCAUGUGGGCUCCAGAUCUGCAAAGCAUUUUCAAGCACCACUGGGAGUGUCGUCCAAGGGGACGUAUUUAGGAGAAUCCAAAAAUAAAUCGAGGAGGGUGGCCAGUUGGAAAAAUAUGCACACAUUGUUCUUGCCUUCCAGAAAAGGUGGAUUCAGAGCAGAAUGCCUUCCCAGACAUGACUUUUGUGCAGGGACCAGUCCUUCCAAUUGAUGUAGCUCACCUGCUUACAUGAAAACACCCACUGAAGUCAAGGAAGCUGUUGCCCUAUAUAUUUUUACAGCUGAGAAAAACUCCUGCAUAUUGCCAGAGGAUUUAAAGAACUUCUAUCUGAUGACUGAUGGCUUCCAGAUGACCUGGAGUGUAAAAAUUGAUGAUACCCCAAUGCCUCUGGGCUCCAUGGUGAUUAAUAGUAUUUCGAAGCUUUGUCGGCUUGGAGGUUCUUCCAUGUACACCGUGCCUAAUGCACCAUCUCUCGCUGAUCUGGAAGAUGAUGCAGAUGAGGAGGGUAACGAAGACAAGCCAGAGAAGCCACACUUUGAUUCUCGUAGUCUUAUUUUUGAAUUAGACCCAUGCAAUGGGAAUGGGAAAGUUUGUCUUGUUUAUAAGCACACUAAACCAGUUGUGUCCCCAGACACAGAGAUAUGGUUCCUAGACAGAGCUCUGUAUUGGCAUUUCCUUACCAAAACCUUCACAGCCUACUACCGCCUGCUCAUCACUCACCUGGGUCUCCCACAGUGGCAGUAUGCCUUCACCAGCUAUGGAGUCAGCCCUCAAGCCAAGCAAUGGUUUAACAUGUAUAAACCCAUAACAAUCAACACAACUCUUCUCUCUGAAGAAGCUGAUUCCUUUGUAAACAAGCUGGACCCCAAUAAAGUAUUUAAAAGCAAGAACAAAACUCCAGUGAUGAAAAAGAAACAACCUUCCCAGCCAGCAGGUGUCCAAAAGAGCAACACUAGCAUGCCCUCCACCAAGACUUCCUCACUAGCUGGGAAUUCUUCAAGGAAGCGAGACUCACAGAUCUGACCCUGAAAAAAGCAAGAAGCUUUGAUGUUUUCUGAUGCAGAGUCUCAGUGGUUCAAACCAAGCUCCAUUUGCGUGAAUAGGAUGCAGGAUUUGCAUGAAAUAGAACCAUAGAAUCAUAGAAUACCCCAAGUUGGCAGGGACCCAUAAGGAUCAAUCAUCUACUCCAACUCCUGGCUGUACACAGGACCAACUAAAACUCAGCCAUAUGGAUGAGAGCAUUGUCCAGACGCUUCUUGAACUCCAUCAAGCUUGUUGCCAUGACCACUGCCCUGGGGAGCCUGUUCCAUGCCCACCACCCUCUGGUGAAGAACCUUUUCCUAACACCCACCUGGCCCUCCCCUGGCACAGCUCCAUGCCAUUCUCUCAGGCCCUGUCCCUGUCACCAGAGAGCAGAGCUCAGCGCUGCCCCUCAGCUCCCUGCAAGGAGCUCCUGCUGCCGUGAGGCUUCCCCUCAGCCUGCUGUGCUCUGCACUGAACCAACCAAGGGACCUCAGCCACUCCUCAUACACGUUGCCAUCUGGGCCCUUCAUGGAAGGGGUGUAUUGCCAGGCAACUUGGAUAACAAACCUUGAAACAUUGAUUUAAUUCCCUCCUGCUACUUGCAGUAUGUACUUUUCAGAGGGCAUGAAGAAGCCCUUGAUGUCACUGCUCUCUAGGGAACCCGUUAUUCCUAUACAACUACAGCAGGGAAAUGAAAGUAAAUUUAAGUCACUGUUACUUUAAUAGAUCGCUUAUGCUGAAUUAUGGAGUAUAUUUUUAUCAUUUCCUUUCAAAGUAAAGUGGCCUGACCUUGCAUGCUAUGGGAGCAGGCUGGAACCCACGAACAAAGAAAUAUCUUCCACUUCAUACAGACUCAAACUCUACAUUUCCAGUGCUCCUUCCAGCUUUGGCUCUGAUUCGCACUACAGAGGAGCCCGGGGCUUCUGUGUCUCUGUGUUGGCCUAGAGACACUUGCUGUACAGUCCAGACCACUUCUUAGCCUUUGUACCAUAUCUUUUCAGAUAGUGACAUCUGUAUGAUGUCCUUUCCAAUUAGCCUGCCAGCAACCAUAACCUGCAAGGUUCUUCGUUGUCUCCACUUUCUCCUCUUGUAGGAAAUGCUGAGCUAGGGUGGCUGCAGGUGGGUCUGCAGAGCUAGAGUCCUGUAAGCCAGGAGGACCCCUUGGUUUUCUACACUGGAAGUUUUCAGGGUAGAGCUGCACUUUAGUACACUGACUUCUGAUUUUCAGUUGCAUCUGUUUCCAUUACUUUUAUGUGCCAGUUUGUCCUCUUAGAUAUGCUGAAACCACCUGGUAGCAUGUUUUAUGCCUAAGCAGGGAAAUAAAAGUCACCAUCUCCAAAUAAGUGUUGAUUAUUUAAAGAACAGCAUUUUUUUAUUUAUGAAACGCUCACAUAAUUACAUAAGACCAACCUACCUCACAGGGAUGUUGUGAGUCUUUUGCAAGUAUUUGUAUGGUCUUCAGGAAGAUGAAGCCACCCUGUUAAGUACUUAAUAGUAUUUUAAUAAAGAUUUAAAUAUUUUC